AUGGAUUUUCCAGGUUCAACAGUAUUUGAUGGAGAACAUAGACGCAGCCUCUCACAACAUAUUUUUCCAAGUUAUGCUUGUGCCUUUUUGGAUGAUGACCCUGCCUAUGAGUGUUGUUCCACAAAUCGUCUGACAGGCUCCCUUUCCACAUGUCGCCGCAGCCCUCGACUGCUUUCUAAUGGUUAUUAUGUUUUGACAGAAGACAGUUUUCUGUCUGAUGAAAAGGGUAACAUAACACUGACACCAUCCCAGACAAGUGUUACAUAUAAAGAGAAUUUAGUUCGUGUAUUCAGGCGAAGGAAGAAAAUCCGUCGCUCUCUUGCCAGCUUGUUCAAUCUCGGUGCCUCCAGUUCAUGGCUCAGCAGCACCAUCCUCAGCAAUAUGGAUUCCUGCCAUGUAGGUGAUCCUUGGCCUGAUGGCUGCAAUAAACUAGAAGCCAGUCAGAGUGAUAUUGGUGAUUCAGACUUUUCUUCUGAAUAUAAUAGCCGUGUGCCACAAAGGCAAACUCCAGCAUCUAAUGGAGCCUCUCUCACCAAAGAUGACGAGUUUCUUCAGCCUGAGAGACCAUUUUGUGCUUCAAAAUCCUGCUCUCCAUUUAUGAUAAAUGCAAAUGAAGAGACUUUGAGCAAUGCAGAAUCCAGGACAGUGCGAAAUGUCCUUUCUCAGAUGGUUGCACUGAUCACGUGUUUAAUCAUUUCAAUAUGUACAAGAUAUUUUCUGGGAGGAUGGUCUGCCGCUUUGUUGCUGAUAAUUUUAGUUUUUCUUUUGUCCCAGGAUGCUGCUGUGUCAUCUUUCUUCAGUCUUGACACACCUUUCAAAACAACUAAGUUUUGGUAA